UUCGAUCGACCCUUCCAGAUACAAACAUGACACGAUAACCAUCCAGCUCCAAGUGUGAUCCCGAUCAGAGUAGCAGGACCUAUUCGCGCGCAAUGGCGGAUUCGUACCCAACCCUGCCACAGUGUGCUGCCGUCGCGACUGCGCUUAAAGUCCUCCUGUGGCCGGCAUAUAAGUCGACAGACUUUGAAGUCCAUCGAAAUUGGCUGGCUAUCACGAAUUCUCUGCCUCUCAAGGAGUGGUACUUCGAGGAUACAUCAGAAUGGACGCUCGACUAUCCUCCCUUCUUCGCCUACUUCGAGUGGACCAUGUCACAAGUCGCCAAGUUCGUCGACCCGCGAAUGCUACAUGUCCACAAUCUCGGCCACGAUUCCUGGCAGACCAUCUACUUUCAACGAGCCACGGUCCUCGUCACAGAGCUGGUCUUGCUCUACGCUCUUCACUUAUACAUCAAGUCCUCCCCUGAAUCCUCGAAACGCCAAGCCCACGCCGCUGCACUCUCCAUCUUCCUCUCCCCAGGCCUGUUGAUCAUCGAUCACAUCCACUUCCAGUACAAUGGAUUCUUGUAUGGCGUUCUCAUCCUGUCCAUGGUCCUGGCGCGUUACUCGAAAGGCGGUCUUCUGGCCAGUGGCAUCCUCUUCGCCGCUCUGCUCUGUCUGAAGCACAUCUACCUCUAUCUGGCUCCGGCAUAUUUUGUCUUCUUACUGCGCCGGUACUGUCUUGGGCGCGAGUCGAUCUUCCACAUCCAGUUCUUCAACUGCGUCAAAUUGGGUCUGGGAAUUGCGAUCGUCUUUGCGCUCGCCUUCUUACCCUUUCGCGAUCAGUUACCACAGGUCUUCAGUCGGCUGUUCCCGUUCUCAAGAGGACUGUGCCAUGCCUACUGGGCUCCGAACGUUUGGGCUAUAUACUCGUUUACCGAUCGGGUGCUCAUCUAUUUGGCACCAUACCUCAAACUCCCAGUCUCCGCGCAAGCGGUCAACAGCGUCACGCGCGGUCUUGUCGGCGACACUUCCUUCGCAGUACUUCCCAAUGUACCGCCACGGAUGACGUUCAUUUUCACCCUGGCCACUCAGAUCCCCGCCCUCCUCAAACUUUUCUCCGUUCCAACGUGGACGAACUUCAUCGCGACCAUCACCCUUUGCGGAUACUCCUCCUUCCUCUUCGGCUGGCACGUCCAUGAAAAGGCCAUCUUACUCGUCAUCAUACCCUUCAGUCUCAUCGCUCUCAAGGACCGUCGAUAUCUGGGAGCUUUCCGACCGCUAGCAGUGGCGGGACAUGUUAGUCUCUUUCCGCUACUGUUCACGGCCAUGGAAUUCCCAGUAAAAGUCGUGUAUACGAUUCUCUGGGGUGUGAUAUUGCUGCUGGGUUUCGAUCGGUUGGCGCCAGCAUCAUCGCGACCGCGCAUCUUCCUCUUUGAUCGAUUCUCACUACUCUACAUCGUUGUCGCGAUUCCGUUGAUCGCAUAUAGCGCACUGAUCCACGGACUAGUCUUUGGAAAGAAGUACGAAUUUUUGCCGCUGAUGUUCAUCAGUUCGUACUCGGCGAUUGGAGUCGUAGCGAGCUGGAUCGGCUUUACCGUGGUUUUCUUCACGGAAUGA